UAUCACACACACUUCUCGCAAAACAAGAAUGGCAUCCGUUACUUGCCUCAAAACACUCAUUCUCGUUGUAAUCAUUGCUGCCACAGCCGUGCCGGUCGUAAUGGGUCAAAACUGUGGGUGCGGUGCUGGGCUUUGCUGCAGCAAAUACGGCUACUGUGGCAAUGGGAAUGAAUACUGUGGAGAGGGUUGUCGCGAGGGUCCAUGCAAGAGUAACACUCCCUCUAACAGUGGUGUUAAUGUGGCUGAUGUUGUCAAGCCCCAGUUCUUCGACGGCAUAAUCAACCAAGCUGCUGCUAGUUGUCCUGGCAAGAGAUUUUACACUAGAAACGCAUUUCUUAAUGCUCUCAAUGCCUUCCCCAAGUUCGGCAAAAUUGGCUCUGCUGAUGAUUCUAAGCGUGAGAUUGCUGCCUUUUUCGCUCAUGUCACUCACGAAACUGGACACCUUUGCUACAUAAACGAGCAGAAUCCCCAAUCAAUCUAUUGCGAUAGAUCAAGCAGAGACUAUCCAUGUGCACCAGGGAAGAGCUACCACGGCCGUGGACCGCUCCAACUAUCGUGGAACUACAAUUACGGUGCGGCAGGAAAGGACCUGAACUUUAAUGGGCUGGGGUCUCCGGAGUCGGUGGCCAAUGACCCUGUCUUGGCAUUUAAGACUGCCUUGUGGUUUUGGAUGAACAAUGUUCGUCCAGUGGUUACACUGGGUUUUGGAGCCACGAUUCGGAGGAUCAAUGGUGCUGUCGAGUGUGAUGGCAAACAACCACAGCUUGUUCAAGCUCGUAUUAAUUAUUAUACUGAUUAUUGUAGGCAGUUUGGUGUUAGUCCCGGAGGCAAUCUCCAGUGCUAGGAUAUAAUAAUAAUAAUAAUAAUAAUAAUAUAUAUACAUAUGGGGAGAACUAUAUAUUUGAGUAAUUAAGAAGAAUAAAAGAGAAUAUAAAUAGUGUAUUUGUAUCUCUCUUCUCUCUCCCCAAUUAAUAAAAGAAUGCAUUA